UUGGGUCCGAAGCUAGUAGGGCAAUCCCGAUAAAUACGCGUGAAUAAGACGUGGAAUUACUCUGGACUCUAUUUUUUAUUCUUCAAAAAUGCCUGCAAUUACUCUUCAUCAAGCAUAACUUGUUGUGAUGUUACAAUGAUCUCAAGCAAUUAUGUUCCAGAUGCAAUAUUCAAUAAUGAUGUCUACAGUACAAUUGGUUGGUUGUUUGGCUUCUUUAAUCAUCGUUUUGCAAGAUUCUGUACGUAUUUUCAUGUGUUAUUAAUGCACUCAAUAAUAUAAAUUUUAUAUGUGUAGACCGUCAGAAAGACUUUCAUUUAAUCACGUCAUUUGAAAGUAAUGAAGAAGCAAAGCACUGAAACACAGCAAAAUCUGAUGAAAACUAUGUAUAAAGCAGACAUAUUGUACUAUCAAAGUAGUGGCGUCACACAAUUAAUUAAUUAUUUUUUUGUUUUCGAAAAAAAAACGUCCCCAUUACUUUUUGUAAAUACUGUCUGAUGGUCUAAAGAGAUUUUUGUUGUCAAAUACCCUACACCUACUAAAUGUUUACUCAACAUAAUUGUUUAUUUUCAGAGUCAGCGUUCUAGCAUGGAGAUUGUCAAACUAAUAUUCAUAAUAAUGUACACCCUCGUUUGUUUAUUUGUCCUCGUUUUUUCUGGUCAAACCCUGUGUAAUGAAUAUGCGAAUAUUUACCGAAGUCUCACAUGUUUAUAUAAUGUCCUGAUCAUAAGUAAAUUCAUAAAAUUCUGUGUAUUUAAAAAAUCUUACAUAAAUAAAUAUGUAUUUUCAGAUCCGUCGUCGGUAGAGGCAAAAUGCGUCAAGGAUCUCAAGCUCUUGGUGAAAGCCAAUCCUAUUCAAAUAGAUUGUAACUCCAAGGUGGUCCUGGGAACGUAUCUCUUACCCGCCAUUAUGGCCCUUUCCACCACAUCUGUAAUUGUAAUAUUACAAUUCUAUCAUUUCAUCUAAUGUAUUUAGUACACAUUUCAUAUUAUUAUAUCUCUAUCACCUCUUACAGCUUAUCAUAAGGUAACAUGAUAUUAGUUGCAUGUAGAAUUAUCUGCA